UGGCCGAAAUGCAGAAGAAAAGGCCAAAUUCCCGGCUUGAAUCGGCGUUAGAAAGACGAAUACUUCUGGCAACACGGCCCUCCUUCCGCGAAUUGUGAAGCCCAUGUCAAUAGUCUCUUAAGAAAAAUUUCCGCCUUUUCCCUCUUUUAUUCCAAUAAAUCUGGGUGUGAGGAAAACGAUCACUCAUAGCGGUGCCAACCUAGUCAAUGAACAUUAUGUCGCUGUCAAUGCAAUACUCGACCAUGAGCACACCAAUUGAGGAGCAUGAUGCAUCCAUAUUUUCAAUUCCGACAAGUCCAACAAGUAGCUCAAGAAGCACAAGCCCGGAAUGGCCAUUUGUUGCAGAGAGUCUGAAGCUUGCAAUGGCUGUAACGAAUGUUUGCAUAGUUGGUGCAGGUUAUGUUGGAGGCCCAACGGCAGCAAUCCUGGCUUUGAAGAAUCCCCAUAUUCAGGUCAAUGUUGUUGAUAAAGAUACUGCUCGUAUCGCGCAAUGGAACUCGAAGCAUCUUCCUGUAUACGAACCAGGCUUGAACGAAAUUGUUUGUAUAGCCCGAGACGGAUAUCAGGAUGGUUGCCGAUCCCCUAAUCUCAAAUUCUCUACCAUGGUAGAAUCAUGCAUCAACGAUGCUGAUAUAGUCUUUAUUGCGGUUAAUACGCCAACCAAAGUAUGCGGCAUUGGAGCAGGUGCCGCGACAAAUCUCGCAGCAUUCGAAAGAGCGGCUAUCACUAUUGCUCAGAACCUCAAGCCUGGCGCAAUUGUUGUUGAGAAAAGCACAGUGCCGUGCGGAACUGCACAGACUGUCCAAGAAAUUCUCUCGAUGUAUCGACCCGGAGAAAGUUUCGAAGUGCUGUCGAACCCAGAAUUUCUGGCGGAAGGAACAGCAGUAAAAGAUCUUCUUGACCCAGAUCGUGUUUUAAUUGGAUCGUCGUCGACUAAAGAAGGUCAAAAGGCUGCAAAGAUGCUGCGUAGUUUGUACGAAUCGUUCGUUCCGCCUUCGAAGAUUCUCACUGUGAAUACUUGGUCGUCCGAGCUAGCUAAACUUGUGGCGAAUGCCAUGCUUGCCCAAAGAAUCAGUAGCAUCAAUUCGAUCAGUGCCAUUUGCGAGCAGACUGGUGCAGAUAUUGACGAAAUAUCUGAGGCUAUUGGACGCGACACGCGACUUGGGCCAAAAUUCCUCAAAGCAGGUGUCGGUUUCGGCGGAAGUUGCUUCAAAAAGGAUAUUCUGAGUUUAGUUUAUUUAGCGCGGUCCCUACACUUGCCGGAAGUGGCGGACUACUGGAUGGCAGUACUAGCCAUCAACGACUUCCAGGUCGAUCGAUUCACUGGUCGUGUCGUGAAUAAGCUGCAUGGAGCCUUGGUUGGAAAAAAGAUUACGGUCCUAGGAUUCGCCUUCAAGCAGGAUACCAAUGACACGAGGGAGUCGCCAGCAAUCAAUGUGGUAGAGGCUCUACUAGAUGAAAGACCUGCUGAAAUCGCCAUAUUUGAUCCAGGGUGCACACCGUCUGAGAUCGAAUCUGCCAUAAAGUCUCAAGGAUCCAUAGAGAGAACAAGCAUACUGUCUCCAAAUGGGCCGGUCAAGCCUUACAUAAAUGCGUACGAGGCAUGCCAAGACUCAAGUGCAAUUCUCAUUCUCACGCCUUGGCCCCAGUUUCAGUAUCCUCCAGCAUCGGUGUCCGAGAAGAUCGUGCAUCCAAUCCAAGCCAACGCGCCGUCUCAAAAGCGAUCACAAAAUACGACCUGCUCCGCAGAUUGCGCUCUUUGUGCUAAGUUAACGCCCAAACAGGCGGAGACCGCACGAGAGUGUCUUGACUGGUCCAUCGUGUGCGAAACGAUGCGAGCACCGAAAUGGGUCUUCGACGGGAGAAAUAUUGUACAUAAAGAAGCUAUGCUGAAGUUGGGUUUUCGGGUAGAGAAUAUGGGAAGGGCUUAA